AUGAAUCGAGAUAGACUCCCAAAGUCAUCUGGAGACGCUCUGCCCAAAAGCGUCAAGGUGAGAUCGACGUGCAAUGCUUGUCAGCAAGCCAAGAUACGAUGCAGUCAUGAAAAACCAUCAUGUCGAAGAUGCCAAAGGCAUAAGAUCGAGUGCAUAUACAGCAUGUCUCGCCGACUAGGGAGGCCGGCGAAGAAGAGAGAGCCUGUGCAUGACACUCAUUCUCUAAGCCAAGAGUCGUCAAUGUUUCCUCACCAUCAGGCAAAUCGAAGAGUUCGAAGUCCUAAAAAAAGCAAAAGCAAAGAUGAGGCCGCACUAGAAAGAGACCAAGGCGAGAGAUAUUUCCAGAGUACAAUGGAAGAAAUGACUUUGGAUAAAAACCCCUUUGAGGAUAGCAUGCUUGAUAAUUUGUCCUUCGAGGAUGUAGGCUUACAAGCCCCGUCCUUUAUGGAUUCAGAUCAGACUUCUCCUUUUCCUGCCUCGGACAUUAUCGAUUUAUCCUCCGAUAGUUGGCUGCAGGAGUUUGUCCCUACACAGCCCUCAGACAUGAAUUCAGACUGCAGUCUUCUUCAGACGAUGUGUGUCAACAACAACGCACAGCCAGAAAAUGUCAUACCUGCUUCUCAAUUGGAUAUCCACGACGUGUCGACUCCAAUAGGCGCUGCAGACCCUUCCACGCGGUUGCAUACUCAGCCGCUUCUGAUGGACUGCUAUCCCACAGGCAAUGUUCUCGUGGCAAAUGAUGAGGGAUCCGCCUGUGUCCAAGCUAUGCCCAGGCUCCCGUCAUCGACAUUUAUGGGCCAUCCGAUGAAUGAACACCCACCAUGGGCGCAAACCCUCUCGUGCUCAGUCGAGGCGUUCCCGAAUAGGCCGUCCGUCGAAAGCGAAACCCUGGGGUUUUCGUCGCGGGACAAGGCUCAAAGGCGUAUGCACGAGUAUAAUCUUCCGCCCGAUGAGCACAGGGUUGACCCUCACAUAUUAAACGCGGGUGGGUCUCGUCAAUACCAGUGUCAGUGCCAUGAGCAAGCAGUUCAGGAACUCAUGCAGAUGAAUUUGCUUGUAUACCGCGCGGGAUCAACCAUUACUAUUGAGUCGAUCCUCAGCUGCCAGCGAGUCUUGCAGCAAUUGGCCGAAACGGUCCUCCGGUGCGGUAUCUGUUCAAAAACUAUGGUCAAUCUUCUCAUGGUUGUUGUUGUGAGUAUUGACAGUCUGGUUGGAACACUUGAAAGAAUCACAUCGGUUGAGAAUGGAUUGGUAGAGGGGGUAUUCCAUGAGCAGCAAGACACUCAACCCCAAGAUAGCAGACCCGAUGGCUCGCGAGCUUCUAAAGGUAGACGGCAAAGAGAAACCGGAAAUCAUUUCAAUAUGCAAGUCGAAGCUUGUCCUUUGCUGGUGGGUGGGUUUUGUGUUCCAUCAGAUGAAAAAUUCUCCUUUGUUCAUCGGGUGUUGCAUGCGAGAUUGUCUGGUUUAUUAGGCACUGUUCGCCGCAUUAAAUUUUGUACCCAGGAGAUGCUGGCCGUCUCCGCAUCACAAGGCAAGUUAAUCAUGAUUAUGGAGACGGAUCGGAAACUGCGGUUGGUUAUGAUGAAAAUGAAGAUGCUCACAGGGUGA